UUGAUAUGUUGAGGUAAGUUGUUUACUCCCUCCAUCUAAAAUCGUGGUGAGAAGACACCCGGCGCGUCUCCACACUGACCCUGAUCGGCGGUCCCUCCGCCCCAUUUCGCCGCCCACAAUCGCGUGAACUCGGCGGGGGUGAGAAGCGUCUCCGCGGUUGGAGCUUUAUGCACCAGGAGCCUCCGAGGGUCAACACGCCGUCCUCUCCCCUUCAAUCACACGCAGACUCUACUCGAGGAAUAAGCUCAUGGCCUUGUGGACUUUCAUAAUUCUUUCUUUAUUCCCACUUCUGAUUUCACAAGGUCUGGAGAAUUCUCCGGUCACGGAGGAGGCGUGCUGUAAGGACGGAAGAGACAGAGUUGAUGGAGGACAGGACUGCUCCAUCCUGCCCUACCUCUCUUCAUCAUACUCCUGCAGGCUGAUCCAGGAGCAGUGCUGCACCAGCGCUGCGGAGGGGAAGAACUGUGACAAAGGAGUGACAAUGGCUCGCUGGCAGGGCUCCUGUGAGAGACACUUCUUCCAGGGAGAGCACUGGGAGACCCAAAUAGCCAAGAGAUGCUGCGACUGCUGCCUGCUGGGCCUGCUGGCCGCCAACUGGCCGUCUCGCUGCGACAUCAGAGGUUUGUCACUGUCCAAACAGUGCACACACACAGCUCUGGUCUGCUGUGGAGAGAAUCCGGACGAAGCAAUCGCCCCCACGCCUGCAGCUGAAAUUCCAACAACCACCUUCGCCAGCAGCAGCAGCAGCAGCAACAGAAGCACACCAAGGCCUUACUUGCCUAAUGACUCCUUUCCCACCUGUGAUGAACCCUGCUCUCAGCUGUGUGACUCAAACGGCACGUGUUCGUGUCACCACGGUUACCAGCUGGAGUCAGAUGGAGUCAGCUGUGUGGAUGUGAAUGAGUGUCUGACUGGAGCUCACGACUGUUUGGACGGACACAUGUGCAUCAACACCAACGGAUCCUUCCGCUGUCAGAGAAGUAGCAACUGCGGCACUGGCUACGAGCUCACUGACGACAACAAGUGUAGAGACAUAGACGAGUGCACGACAGGAACUCACGACUGUGGGCCAGAGUUUGUGUGUAAAAACACUGAGGGCUCGUUCCGCUGCAAUCCCCGAGAGAGCUGCAAGGUCGGCUUCAUCCAGGACGCUGCUGGAACCUGCAUUGACAUCAAUGAGUGUGUGACAAACACCAGUCCAUGCCAGAGCGGCGAGACCUGCGUCAACACACUUGGCUCUUACACUUGUCGCAAACAUCUGGUCAACUGCGCACAAGGGUACAACCUGACGGAGGAUGGCACCCGCUGUGAAGAUGUGGACGAAUGUCGAACGGGCAGUGUGUGCAUCGGUCACAGCUGCAUUAACCUGGUGGGGACGUUCCGAUGCGAAUGCCGUGUCGGCUACAUCUUCAACAGUGUUUCCAAGACCUGUGACGACAUCAACGAGUGUCGUCACUAUCCUGGGCGUCUGUGUGGCCACAAGUGUGAGAACACUGAGGGCUCCUACCGGUGCAGCUGCACUGCAGGUUUCCAGCUGGCGCAUGACGGCAAAACGUGUGAAGACGUGAAUGAGUGCGACAGCUCCCCCUGCAGUCAGGAGUGCACCAACGUCUAUGGCUCUUACCAGUGUUACUGCCACCGUGGUUACCGGCUCAGCGAUAUGGACGGCGUCUCAUGCGAAGACAUUGACGAGUGUGCCCUGUCCAGCGCCGCUCAGGUCUGCUCGUACAAGUGCUCCAACAGCCCUGGAAGUUUCUUCUGCUCGUGUCCACUCUAUGGUUACACACUUGCACCCAACGGACGCUCCUGUCAAGAUGUCGACGAGUGUGCGUCAGGGUCUCACUCGUGUUCCUCCUCUCAGAGCUGCUUCAACGUGCUCGGCGGUUACCGAUGUUUGACCUUGAGCUGUCCGGUCAACUUUGUGCCAGCUUCUCCUGGCCGUUGCGAUCGCGUAACUUGCGAGUCCACUCAGGAUCCUGCGUCGUGUCUCUCGUUGCCACUGAGAAUCUCCUUCUACAACAUCUCCUUUCCCGCCAACACGGCUGUUCCCACCGAUGUUUUCCGGAUGGGACCCUCAAACUCAGUUCCGGGCGACCAAAUGCUCCUGAAAGUUGUUGCAGGAGACGAAGAAAAGUACUUUACGGUGAAGAAGCUCAACCACGGAGGGGUUAUUUCACUGGCCCGGCCCCUGGCUGGACCGCGUGACUUCUAUCUGACGGUGGAGAUGAAGCUCACUCGAUACGGGACGUCACAUCUGUACUUGGCCAAGAUCGCCGUGAUCGUGACUGAGGAGAAUCCUGUCAGGGCAAGACGGACUUCUUAGAUUGGAUACUACGUUUCAAAAUACUAUUAUUUUCUUUAUUUUGCUCAAAGUAUGUACAUGUUAAUGUAAGGAAAGACUUUUGACUGGAUUUUUAUUUUCUCUUUCAGUGGUUUUUUUUCUUAAUAUUCUGUCUUAUCAAAAUAAUGCAGUGUUUGUCAUGCAUCCAAGUCUGAUGUUAAAUUUCCAAUUAUAAUUUCUGUGAACCAAACCAUGUCUAUUGCAUUUCGGUUAUUUUUGAAAGCCCAAUUAUCAAGUGUUCUGAUAUUUUGAAUUCCUUAUAUGCAAUGCAAUGUGAUAACAAAUCUAGACACUAAAAUAAAGUCA